CCUUCACCAACUUGACUGCUACUACUUUUACUUAGUUAACUACUUAGACUUACACUAACUUAGUGAGUGGAACUCUUAGUCUUAGUAGUAGUCUUAGUUACAGUCACAGUUACUAACUACUAACUACAGUACAGACUACGACUACACUUAUUAACUUUAAGAGUAAGCAAAGUAACUGACGGAAACUGUUGUCGUUGUAUGUUAAAGACUUAGUUUAAUUUUUUUAAAUUUUUGAAUAUCUUAAGAAUAACAAAUUUUAUCUACCUACUUAGACUUAGACUUAGUCUACAUCUACAUAGUAUAGUCAUAGUUUAUAUUUCUAUGACUAUUUAUAGUGUAAACAAACUACGAAAAUAAUUAAGAAGUUUGUGAACUUAUCAUGACUUAUGGCUUAUGUUUUCUGAAAUUUUAGGCUAAAGCUGGGCCUAUUAUUAUUAUGAUUAUGAUUUUACUAUUUUUAUUAUAAUUUCAAGAUUUUAUCUUCGCUGAAUUCAUUAAUUUUCAUUUUAGAUAUAUUUUUUUUUACUACGACUGAGAAAUUACCCCAAACAAUGUUAAAUAGGCCUAAUAAUAAUACUAAUAACUUUGUAUUUCUUGUUUUUAAAGAGAAAUAGCUUUUAAUAGGAAAUUACAAAGGAAGAAAGAAACUUUGACUUUGCCAUGCUGCAACCAUUUAUUCAUAUACUGAAUGCACAAAGAAACAUUUUAGCUAGUGGUUCUCCAAGGAGAAAACAGAUAUUAGAAAAUGUGGUAAGUUUCCCCAUUUCUUCUAGGGAAGGGAGGGGGUGGUUGGUACUUAGAGUUUAGUUUAAUUAUAAUGAAGUUAUUAUAAAAUUAUCUUAAUAAGGCUACUAAUAAAUAGAAAAUCUCUACUGCUGUUAAAAGUAAUGUAUAAAAAACGGUGUUUCCCACCCUGUGAUGGAAAAUUAUAAAUUUAAUCUAAACAUCAUUAAAACAUUUGUCAUCUUUCUGUUAUUUCAGGGACUUAACAUUGAAGUGAUCCCAUCAACUUUUGAGGAAAAUUUGGACAAAUCUAAGUUUACACCAGAAGAAUAUGUUUUAGAAAAUGCCAGAUUAAAGACAUUAGAAGUAGCUGGAAGGCUGAGCGGCAAUCAGGUAAACUCUAUUUGUCAGUACAUAUAUUACUAUUUUUGGGUUACAAGUCUCAGUAGGUUCAGUGUGAGGAUCAAAUACUAAUAAUAAUCCAGAUCAGUCAUCCACCACCAUCAUGGGGCUUAGCAAACUUGUUUAACAAAGUGGCUUGUAGAAUGACAUAUGUAACAGGAGUAAGGCAGGGCCUGACUGGAAAUCUAGUUAUGGAUGCUAACCAAAGCAAAAUUAGUCCAUAGAAGUUGGAUUGCUGUAUUUCCUUGGAGCAAAGCAUUAUAUAACAGAGCAUUGCUGUAACUAUAAUAUAACAAUUUUUUUCAUACCUUCAUAACUUAAAAUCAAAAUGGAAAUAGUGAGAUUUCUAUAGAUUUUAUAAUAAUCCAUGUUUUAAGUGCUUAAAAAUCUACUUCAUGUUUUUAUUUUUAGACAACCAAAUUGAACAUUAAUUUUGUUUUAAAUUACCUCCAGCUUGUUUAAGAUUGAUAAAUUAAUAAAAUAAUUACUGUUUCCUUGCUAAGCAAUUUACAUUUAAGAAGACAAUCUUAAUCUUUUUAAGCCGCUUUGGUUUUUUAAAUUUAAAAGUGCAUUUCUUCCAAUUUUAGCUGAAAUAUUGGAGUUGCUGUGAGCUAAUGGGAUUAAAACUUUAAUUUAACUUCAGACCAUUCCUGAUCUCAUCAUUGGAUGUGACACUGUUGUAUUUCUAGGCAGUCAAAUUAUAGAAAAACCUCGGGAUAAGGAGGAUGCAGUCAGAAUAUUAAGCAAGUGAGUAAUGUCAAAUUGCACAAUGCUCAUGUUCUUUAAUGUACUUAGAGAAUACUCUGUUGAGUAUAAAAGUUGUAGAGAAUACAUCAAAGUAAACAGGUUGUGUUAAAUAGAUUCCCAACUGACUUGGCCUGAUUAGUUCCAAAAAUUUCCUCUCCAAUGAGAAAAUUCAAAAAGAAUUUAAAGUCAUGUGAUGAUUAUUUAUCUGAAAAUAUUAUAUUUUAAUGCAUUAUUACUCAUAUUAGUAGGCUAUAAAAGGCGUUACACUUGAUAAAUGCACAUCAGUACUAACUCUUGUACAUUAGUGACAACAUGUUUUUAGGUAAAGAGAGUUUUAGAAUCACAACUUUCUUCGUUUUCAGAUUAAGUGGAAAAUCACAUUCAGUAUAUUCGGGUUUGACGCUGUUUGUCCCUGCUCAUUCUCAAGGUAUGCUCUUAAAUUAGCUGUGUUGGGUACGGGUAUACUUUUCAAGGCAUACUCUUAAAUACCGGCCAGAUGUUUACUUAUCAAACAGUUAAUCUAAGUUGAAGAAACAAUGUCCCAACCCAACACCUUUAAAUGGCAGCUAUUCCCGUUAUAAAUGUUUUGUAUACAUAUUUAAUUCUCUUUGUUUUCAGUUAUUAAAACAGGUUCUCCAGCACUAGAGUCUAAAUACCGGUUCACAGGUUUUGUAGAAAGGACUGAUGUGUUCAUGACAGAGCUGAGCCAGGAUGUGAUAGAAUCUUACAUUGCAACUGGAGAACCAAUGUAUGUAGCCAAGUAUACAUUUAGAUAGUAACAUGAGAAAUACUGUAUGUAGCCUGCUAUACAUUUAGAUCAGUGGUUCUCAACUUUCCUAAUGCCGCGACCCUUUAAUACUGUUCCUCCUUAUGUUGUGACCCCCACCAUGAAAUUAUUUUUGUUGCUACUUCAUAAAUAUGUGUUUUGCGAUGGUCUUAUGCGACCUCUGUGUAAGGGUUGUUCGACCCCAAAAGGGUGGCGACCCACACGUUGAGAACUGCUGAUUUACUGUAUAUAGUCGCAUAUAAGCUGAAUUUAGAACUAUAAAAUACAAUGCUGAAAUCAGGGGGUCGGCUUAUAUGCCCAUAAAACAAAAACAAUUUUCGUCUUUAUUCAUAUCAAAAUGUAUAAUUUUUCGAAAUAUAUACUUCGUUAAUCAUUAGUUGUGAACAACUUAUGAGCGGAAGUUCAGAUAUUAUUAUAGCAAACAAUGUGCAAAGAGCAGAACACGUUUUUGUGUCGCUCCAAAAGGUAAACAAACUGGUAUGUAACAUAAAAGUAGCAUUUUACAUCUUUACAGUAACAAAUUUCUGUGAACCAAAAAUAUGGAGUAAAAUUAGAUAAUUGUAUGGUUGGCUUAUAUGCGGAUUUUUGCAAAAACUGGCCAUUUUAAAGCAAUUUUAGGGGGUUGGCUUAUAUGCGAUGUAGGCUUAUAUGCGAGUAUAUACAGUAGAUAGAAGGCUAGAACCUUUGAAUCUAGCUGAGUGUACAUUUACAUUUUAACUUGAGAACUAUUGCAUUUAGCUGUACGAUUACAAUGUAAUAUGAGAACUAUUUCAUUUUGGUGAAAUAUUUUACAUUAAUCAUGCUAAUAAAUAAUACGCGGGUCAUGCACUUUGAAGUUAACUUCAUCACCUUUUUUUGCUGUUGUCAGUAAAUACAUUAUUUCAACACCUAUCUGCAGAAAUCUUGUAUUGGUCCAUGAAAAAAGUUAUUUUCACAAUAAAACCGGAUGUCAUGAUUUAUGUGAGAAGAUUGUGUUCCAAUUGGUCAGUUAUAAAAUCAAACAGAAAACCCAUUGGAUGGCAGGUUUUCUAACUUAUAAAAAAUGCAAUCACAAUUAUCAAAGACGCAUUUGGUAAUUCCCAAAAUAAUGUCUACAAACAUAUCAUUGUUUCUGCCAGUUAGUGUGUGUAAAAAGUUUGAAAAUCACCUCCGUAGAUCGUUCAUCAUAUUUAUAUCAUAUUACAUCAUUGAAGCCUUAAUGCAAAAGUCGUAAACUAUUUUGUGUCCUAGUUUAACUUUGCAUACAAGAGUUGUGAAGUUAUUUGUACAACUCAUUGGAGAUUUUAUUAGUGAUUAAAUGUAAAGCAAAGUACUGAGGAAAUACAGUAUGCAAAGGAAACGAUACCAAACCUAGUGAUAAUAACAAUAUUUAAUUGAAUUGUACAAAUUUCUAUAAAAAUACAAAUUCGAGUACAGUAGCAAAGAAACUGUAUCAACUUACAGCAAGUGAAAAAGGUACAAUCCUCAAAAUACAAAUAUUAAUUUACACACACAAUUGUUUAACGUCUUGUACAGCUCCAAUCAUUUUUCCCAGAACACGUUGCAUAGUUAAUAUUACUGCUUUAAGUUUAAGUAUAUUUUACUUUAGGAUCCAUUGUUAUAUUAAUCAAUUAUAAGUAUAUUUAAGUAUAUUUUACUUUAGGAUCCAUUGUUAUAUUAAUCAAUUAUGAGAGUGAAAGAAACUAAAGGAAUACAAUUUGUUAUGUUUUACAAUAUUUACAACUAACAGUGAGCCAUGAGGAGUAGCUUUGCCUCAUGAGAAUGACUUUUUUGGAAAUUUUGUAAUUUCAACUGAGAAAACUGCUUUUUAAACUUGAACUUAAUUACAUGUUCUUGUUUCCCCCAGGGACAAAGCAGGUGCUUAUGGUAUUCAAGGUAUUGGUGGAACGUUGGUGGAAAAAAUACACGGAGAUAACUUCAAUGUCAUGGGCUUUCCACUUCCUCGAUUUGCUAAGGAGAUAGCGAAGAUUUAUUCUCAGAAAUAAAAAUGCAAUAAAAAGAAGUAUAGUAAAUAAUAAUUGUACAACUAUGGUUUUAUUAAUUUUUUUAAGGAAUUGUAAAAUUGUUGAAAGCUACAAAUUUGGCAGCUUUCAUAGUUAGUGUCAGGUGCCAUGUUUUUAAAUGUC